CAGGGUCGCGAAAGUCUCCACUCAAUUAUGGCUCAUGUCCAACGUCCCCUGUGGAUACAGUCACAAUUCAUUCGACAAUAUUGCCCUAUCAAGACACGACGCAGAACACUCCCGCUGGUUACAAAUGGGCGACGAUGCUUGACUACAGCUACCGUGACGGACAAUGACAUUGCACGCCUUGCAAGCCAGCCGUUGUACCCACUCACCUUAGCAGACCUCGUCAAGCACGGUCGACCACCCCUUACAACCUCCCAGCUCCUCACAUCUGCCAACUUCACCCUCUCGAUCCUCCCGGCGCGACUCGCGCAUCGUAUCCAAUCCCUCCGCAACCUCCCCUUCAUCGUCGUCUCGAACCCACAAAUCUCCAAGAUCCACUCGAACUAUAUUCACAGCUUCUCUACUCUGCUGCCAUGGGCGGAGAAGGAGAUCAAAACGCUCGAAGAUGAGAUCAAAUUUGCAGAGGUCAUGGCUGAUCUGGUACAAACGCACGCGAACACCAUAAGCAUUCUCGCCAGAGGGUUUCUCGAGGCGAGAAAAUACAUAAGCCCAAAGGAUGUGACACGAUUCUUGGAUGAGCAUCUGCGGGCGAGAAUCGGCACAAGGCUGAUUGCUGAACAACAUCUGGCGCUGCACUUCUCAAGUCAGCCACACAACGACAUCAUGCACGAGACAGAAGAGACACCCGGCUUCAUCGGUGUGAUUGACACAAAACUCAAGCCUGCAAAGAUCGUGCAGCAUUGUGAGAACGUGGUCGGAGAGAUAUGCGAGCUCAAAUACGGCGUACGUCCCCACGUCGUGAUCAAUGGGGAGCCGGAUUACACCUUUGCGCAUGUGCCGGUGCACUUGGAGUACAUCAUCACAGAGCUCUUGAAAAAUGCAUUCCGCGCCACUGUCGAGAGCGGCAAAGAGCGAGAAUCCAUCGAAGUAACCAUUGCUCCGCUCCCCGAGAUCAUGCCCGAAAACAACGGUCACGAAGACGGAGACACCAGGCCCAAUAUCAAGAACACCGACCAAGGCAACGAGGAUAUAGCGUCCCGAGCCUUCACCAAAAAUGCAUCUCCGCGAUCCUCGGAUCAGAUGCUUCGGCUCGCUCACUCUACACCGGGCGUCACAAUCCGGAUUCGUGACCGUGGCGGUGGCAUCGCGCCCGAGACUUUGCCGCAUGUGUGGGACUAUAGCUUCACGACUUUCAACGAUGAGCAAGCAUCAUCUUCGUUGACGGGUCGCAACAGCGGGAUGGACGCGUUGAAUGCUUUCUCGGGCCCAGGAGGUGAUGGGGCGCACAGCCUGGCUGGACUGGGUUACGGACUUCCGUUGGGAAGGGCGUACGCAGAGUAUUUUGGCGGGGGGAUUGCAGUGCAGAGUUUGUGGGGCUGGGGGACGGAUGUGUAUUUGAGUCUGAGAGGGGUGGGGAGGGUUGAAGAGUAG